AUAUUCGUUAUCGAAGGUCUAAACUAUUAUACAGCAUUCCGACGACUGGUAGGCUAAACACUCAAAGACGAUGGCAGCGCGCGUGACCAAGCUCUUCCUGCAGAACUGUGCCUCAGCUAAGGUGGACACCAGCAAGUCCACCAAGGCAAAGGGAAAGGCACCCAACUCCAGCUCCACACUGUCUAAGACUGCUCAGAGAAAACUGCGCCAGAAGAGCAAGAAAGUGUCUGGCAAGUCCAAGGUAAAAGUGCUGGAGGAGGCGCGUCGCGAUCUGGAACAAGCCGACCGGACGGCAGAAAACUUACGCAAACUGAAGAACAAGACGUCCACCAAGUCCCAGCGCCUCAUGGCCAAGGUUCUUGCGCAGCGAACUGCUGUAUUCCGGUAAAUCAAUGACGUUUCACUCCGCAGGUGCUCGCUGGUUUAGUCGGCAACGCAAUCGAAGGGGGUGGAUUGGAGAGCUAACGAGAUCGAAGACCUAUAGGACACAACAGUCUAAGUGGGCAGCUCAAGUCAGCGCUGUUUAAAUAAAAUCUCGCGGCUCUAAGUCGCUCAUACAUAUACGCUCCCCCAAUCUCGUGUUGGUGUUAAUACAGUGAAGUGAACAAAUUACUGUUUCUUCAGAUGCCGACGC